AAUUUAAUUAGAAAUCAACUAAAGAGAUCCAAAGUUACAAACUUUGCAAACUCUCUCUCCUUCCCCACAAAAAAAGUUUCUAAUUUUUCUUCUUCACGAGUUCGUUCGCUGGUCUUCUGUCUGAUCUCGUCACAGCAAAAGAGUAUUUAUCUUAAAGAUUCUGGUUCAACUGAAUUGAGUAAAGUUUCCGCGAAUUAGGGUUUCGGCGAGGACUUUAAUCGAGCUUGGAUUUGGUGAAUUCUACGGGUUUUUUUGGUUUGGGGAGUGUAGAGGAGGAGGAGGAAUGUUUUAUUCGCAGUUUAUAUUAGCAAAGAAAGGACCACUUGGGACAAUAUGGAUUGCUGCCCAUUUGGAAAGGAAGCUUCGCAAGAAUCAGGUCGCUGAUACUGACAUCGGUGUCUCCGUUGAUUCUAUUCUCUUUCCGGAAGCUCCAAUUGCAUUGCGAUUGUCUAGUCAUCUUCUACUUGGUGUGGUUCGUAUAUAUUCCAAAAAGGUGAACUACCUCUUUGAUGAUUGCAGCGAGGCUUUGCUUAAGGUAAAGCAAGCUUUCCGCUCUGCUGCGGUUGACUUACCCCCGGAAGAAUCCACAGCACCUUAUCACUCAAUUACGUUGCCUGAGACAUUUGAUCUUGAUGAUUUUGAGCUUCCAGACAGUGAGAUCUUCCAAGGUAAUUACGUUGAUCAUCAUGUUAGUACAAGAGAACAGAUCACCCUUCAGGAUACCAUGGAUGGUGUUGUAUACUCAACAUCGCAAUUUGGAUUAGAUGAGAGAUUUGGUGAUGGCGACACUUCUCAAGCUGCUUUGGAGCUCGAAGAGGAAGUAUUCCAGGACAAGGAUCUUAUUGGAUCCGAUGACGAGGGAGUUCAAGGAACUGAUCACAAUGCGUAUAUGGAUGCGGCAACACCGGCGAUAAAAGAUGAUAUGGUAGGAGUUUCUGAAGCAACGCCCACAGAUUUCAACCAAGAGCAGGUUGAAGAUCUUGCUAUAAGGAAUGAGUUCAUCGAAGACGCUCAAGCUCCUCAAACCCCUGGAUUAGUUGAGGUGCCUAACUCGUCUAGUGUCAGAGAGAACCUGGCAUCUGAUGAUCACAUGGAGGUAGAUGAUUUGAAUGCAGAAGAAAGUAAGAAGGCCUCUGAAGAGCUGGAUGCUAAUGAGGCGAAUAAACAUGAUGAAGGCCUGCCUUCUGAAUAUAAUGCCAGUGAAUCAGAUGUCAUUCCAAUGGAGGUGGAUAAGUCGCUAAUAGAUGAAAAUGUCAACGCACAAAACGAGCCGGAGGAGGAGAGAGCAGAGCAUGUACAUGUUAGUACAUCACCAUAUUGUUCUCACAUCACCAACGAGGUAGAAGAUCCUGGUCAAGUAAUAACUGAGGUAGGAACCGAUGUUAAUAACGUUGUAGCAGAUAAGUCAGAUGCUGUUCCCUCAGUUCAGUCUCCUGGAGGGCCUACAAUGAAUAACACUGAGCAUUGUCCAUCCCAAGAACCAAAAGAUCCUGGAGAAGAGAACCAAGGUUUGUCAAAUCAGGAAACAGAUUCUAGUAUACAAGGAGAUGGUCAAGCGAACAAUAAACCAGAUGAGCAACUGAAUGAAUCCAAUGCUACUGAUGAACAGUUGGAAAAUCUUACUGAUUCUGAUUUGCCUGCACCUGAAAAGGUAUUAGCUGCACCUGAGAGACAUGGGGAUGAAACUGAUUUCAUGGUUGAAUCUACACCAGAUAAAGAAGACCCUGGCACAUGCAACGAGGAUGCAGGAAAUAAUAAAAUCACUGGGAAAAAACGCACUUUUACUGAGAGCACCAUAACUGCAGAAAGUCUGAACUCUGUUGAGUCAGUUGGGCUGAUUCAGUCUAAAAGAACUGCAGAUUCUGUUCCUGAUGACGAUGACUUGUUGUCUUCUAUCUUAGUUGGAAAGUCAUCUUUUCUGAAGAUGAGGUCUACACCUGUGCUUGAAAUAGCAACUACAAAACGGUCAAGAGCUGCUCCCCGUUCUACUGCCACAAAGAGGAAGGUUCUAAUGGAUGACCCUAUGGUCUUGCAUGGAGACGUUAUACGGGAACAGCUGACAAACACUGAAGGUAUACGCCGUGUGCGAAAGAAGGCACCCUGCACCGUUGAUGAAAUCGUAAUGCUUCAAAGGCAGGCUUUGGAAGAUGGACUCUUGAAUGAGCCAAUAUUAACUGGUAUGUCAGUGGAAUUGGUAUCUCUACACAAUGAGCCCUUUGAUCUAAGAGGGAUCACGAUAAUCGAGAAUGAUGACCGUCAUGCUUCUGUUGGAAUGGGAGAAGAUAAUGAAUGUUCUGUUAAGGCUGUGGAAGAAAAUGCAGCUGAAGAAAGCUCUGCUCCUCAAGCUCGCCCAGAUGAUUCUGAAGAGCAACCUGCUGAGCCUCUUACUCACCCACAUCAACAGGAAGAAGCGAAAGAGGAUAACGAGCUUGGUGAAACAGCAUGUGAGUUAGAAGCUUCAAAAGAAGGCAAUGGAGCUGCUGAAGAAGUAAAUCUAGUAGUAAAUGAAGAGAUCAGUGAAAUGCCAUCUGAGGACAAACUCGAUCAUGUAGAGGCUGUAGAGGAUUUACAAGUGGAAGGAUACCAUGAAAACCAUGAUGGAGGUGUAGGCGGUCAAGAUGUUUGUGCUGAUAUUCAUGAAAAAAGUUGCAGUGGUGUUAUGGAAAUUACUGAAGGCGUGGUUGAUCUCAAUGAGACAGAUUUGAAAGUUGAAGAUGAGCUUAACCGGGAAGAUAAGAAGACAGAUGAAUCAGCUGAAGUCUGCGAGAUUGGUAUAGACGACCAGAUUCCACGCGAUAACACAAUUGGUUCUAUUGAAGCUGGACGAGUAGAAGCUGGUGAUUUUAGUAAUUUGGGUUUAGAAAGUUUCAACGAAUCUCAUCUUGUGGAAGCAAAUACUGAUGUGGUGAAUCCGGAGAUAGAGUCUGAUAACAACUACGAACCGCAUAAUGAGAUGUUUAAUGAGGAGGCUACUAAUAUGCAAAGUGCACCAGAUGAAGAACCUACUUCUCGCGAUGGUCUUAUGGGAGAUAAUGACGAAAUGGAUACAAUGGAAGUGGCACAUGACACAGGAUUUUUGAACGUGGAUGAUGAUGAAGUCGAUGAAGAUCAUGAAGAAGACGAUGGUAUGCAAGAAGGUGAUGAAACUCGUCUUCUAGAGAACAGUGGAUGGUCUUCUCGUACCAGGGCUGUGGCGAAGUAUCUGCAGACGAUAUUUGAUAAAGAAGCUGAGAAUGGGAAGAAUGUUGUUGUAGCAGACAAACUUUUAGCUGGGAAAACCCGUAAAGAAGCAUCGAGAAUGUUUUUUGAAACCCUGGUUUUGAAAACAAGAGAUUAUAUCCAAGUUGAACAAGCGAAUCCCUACGAAAGCAUCACUAUAAAACCGCGACCAAAACUCACAAAAUCCAUCUUCUAGACGGAGAAGAUGAGUCUUUUAGUUGCAGAUAGGUAGUUUGGUCCAAACCAGAAAAUAUCAUUCGAGAUAAGUUAUACAUUUCCCCCUUCUGAAGGCAAUGUAGUAGUAACAGUAUCAAUGGUGUUGUAGCUUUAACCAUCAAAGUAGCUGGAGGAGGUUGAUGUUUGUCAUUUAUUUUACCUUUAUAUGAGUUGUAUGUAUGUAUAUAUUGGUGCCACAUGAUCGGCACGAGUUUAAAUUUGAGAGAUGCUAAUUUUAUUUUCUCCCGUUUGUCAUAUUAAGCUUGAGAAUAUUAAUUGUUUUUACUGAAUAUUAAUGAUUGCACAUUUAAAGUGAAAACGUGAAAUUGUU